AUGUCUCGCGUCGCCGCGCCGAGUUUCACGGCGUCUCGCGCCCUGAGCGCACGGUACGGCGGCGAAAAGAUCAAUACGAAAUGCUCGCUGCGCGCGUAUCCUCGACGCUCGGGUCGCAUCACGGCGCGCGCGGAGGGUUUCGGGGACGCUCGAGAGAAUCCAGCGGCGGGAUUGAAGGCGCCGAGCACGCCGGAGUCCCCUCGGGGGCAGCAGCUGGCGUACAUAUUGCGAACGUCGCCGGAAAUGUUUGAGAGCGCGGUGGACUCGCAGCUCGACGCGCUCGUUCGGGAGAUUGAGGAAGAGGGCGCGCGCGCGGGAGAGUCGAGCGAACAGUUGGUGCUGUAUAAGCGCAUCGCAGAUGUUCGAGCGUUGGAGCGAAGGAACGGAUUGGAGGACAUUAUGUACACUAGCAUCAUUCAAAAGUUUCUGAGCGUCGGAGUAGAUAUGCUUCCGCCGCUGGACGAGACGACGAUGCUCAAGGGGAUUGAUCUGAAUCGAUUGACGGACGGAGUGCAUAGUAAGGAGGCGUUAGAAAUGGUACGCGAACAUCUCAUGGCGGUCUUGGGAGGCGCAGGGGAGAACGCGUACUCGUCACAGCUUGUGCGCAUGUCCAAGCUCCAGGCGGCGCAAGUGUACGCAGCGUCCAUCAUGUUUGGAUAUUUUAUCACGCGCGCUGACAAGAGAUUUCAGCUCGACCGCGCGAUGGGGACACUACCUCUCGACCCGAUGGAGAGCGCCAAGGCAUUGGAACGUUUGUUCAACAGCGCGAGUGCGAUGGACUCCAUCGACGAGGCAGACGCGGCGCCGGAAAACUUUGGGGGCGCGGAUUUUGACAUGUUCGCCGAUUCCCCGAACGCGAACGCUGGAGCGAGCAAGUCGAGGAGCAAAAUGACUCUCAAACAGUAUAUUCAAAAUUUCGACCAGAUGACGCUGGCGCAAACUGCAAGAAUCGUCUCGAUGGAGGGGGUAAUGGUGGCGGAGCGCCAAACGGGGGCGCUCUUCGGCUCCAUCGAAGAGCUCCAACGCGAGAUGCAGGACGCCGUGGGAAUGAACGCAGUGACCCCGGAGGAGCUCAUGGAUGCGGUUAAUGACGCCGUGUCGAGCAAGAAGGUUCAAACUCUCACCCUAGCGUACGCAUCCCAGAGACGUCUCGUGUUGGAGGCUGUCGCGUUUGGCAACUUUUUGCGCCAGUCUGAGACGUACAUUGACGGAUACAACGCCAAGUUGUUGACGCCCACGCCCAAGGGUCCGACAGGCCCGCCCGGUGCGUCGCUUCGUAACCCAGAUGACGACGAUGAUGGCGGGAACGGCGGCGGAAACGUUCCAGCAUAA